UAAAUCCCCCUGGAUGCGCUUGAGCUGGCAGUUUGGGGAAGCGCUAGGAGCAGAGCCAGAGCAGGAGGAGAAGCAGGACCGGCGAGAUCUCAGGGGUCCUGCACAUCCAGCUACGACAGUCACCGGGGAAAAGGUGCCAGAGGCUUGUACCCAGACUGACACAGCCAGGAGGCAGCCUGCAAGAUGGGCAACCGAGGGAUGGAAGAGCUGAUUCCGCUGGUAAACCGCCUCCAGGAUGCCUUCUCAGCCAUCGGACAGAAUGCCAACCUAGAUCUGCCCCAGAUCGCUGUCGUUGGGGGUCAGAGCGCUGGGAAGAGCUCUGUCCUGGAGAAUUUCGUCGGCAGGGAUUUCCUGCCCCGUGGAUCUGGAAUUGUCACCCGCAGACCACUUGUCCUGCAGCUGGUGAACAGCCCUACAGAAUAUGGGGAGUUCUUGCAAUGUAAGGGGAAGAAGUUCACAGACUUUGAGGAGAUCCGAAUGGAAAUCGAAGCUGAAACUGAUCGGCUCACCGGAACAAACAAGGGCAUUUCUCCUGUGCCAAUUAACCUUCGGGUCUAUUCUCCAAAUGUGCUUAAUCUGACUCUGGUUGACCUUCCGGGUAUUACCAAAAUCGCAGUGGGUGACCAGCCAGCCGAUAUUGAGUUUCAGAUCCGUGACAUGCUGAUGCAAUUUGUUAUGAAGGAGCACUGCCUAAUUCUCGCCGUAUCUCCAGCUAACACUGAUCUGGCAAACUCUGAUGCCUUGAAAAUUGCCAAAGAAGUGGAUCCUCAAGGACAACGCACAAUUGGUGUUAUAACUAAGCUAGACCUGAUGGAUGAAGGGACCGAUGCCAGAGAUGUCUUGGAAAAUAAACUGUUACCCCUGAGAAGAGGAUAUGUCGGUGUGGUAAACAGGAGCCAGAAGGACAUUGAUGGUAAGAAGGAUAUCCAAGCUGCGCUAGCAGCAGAGCGGAAGUUUUUCCUGUCUCACCCAUCUUACCGUCAUCUUGCUGACCGCAUGGGGACUCCAUAUUUACAGAAGGUCCUCAAUCAGCAACUGACCAAUCACAUCCGGGACACCCUGCCGGGGCUGAGGAAUAAGCUGCAGAGCCAGCUCCUCUCCAUUGAGAAGGAAGUGGAAGAGUACAAACAUUUUCGCCCAGAUGACCCAGCUCGUAAAACUAAGGCUCUGCUCCAAAUGGUGCAGCAGUUUGCUUUUGACUUUGAAAAACGUAUUGAAGGUUCCGGGGACCAGAUUGAUACUUAUGAGCUGUCUGGGGGUGCACGGAUUAAUCGAAUCUUCCAUGAACGCUUUCCCUUUGAACUGGUGAAGAUGGAGUUUGACGAGAAGGAUCUGAGAAGAGAGAUCAGCUACGCCAUCAAGAACAUUCAUGGCAUCAGAACUGGGCUCUUCACACCUGACAUGGCUUUCGAAACCAUCGUCAAGACGCAAGUGAAGAAGAUCAAAGAGCCGUGCUUGAAAUGUGUGGACAUGGUGAUUUCCGAACUAAUUGGUACCGUUAGACAAUGCACCAAGAAGCUGAGCCAGUAUCCCCAUCUACGGGAAGAGAUGGAAAGAAUUGUCACCACUCACAUCCGGGAGAGAGAGGGGCGCACAAAAGACCAGGUUAUGCUGCUGAUCGACAUAGAACUGGCUUACAUGAACACAAACCAUGAAGAUUUUAUUGGCUUCGCCAAUGCGCAGCAGAGGAGCAGCCAAAUGAACAAGAAGAAAGCAUCUGGAAACCAGGUUAUCCGGAAGGGCUGGCUGACCAUCAACAACAUUGGUAUAAUGAAAGGAGGCUCAAAGGAGUACUGGUUUGUCCUAACUGCAGAGAACCUAUCCUGGUACAAAGAUGAUGAGGAGAAAGAAAAGAAGUACAUGCUUCCUCUGGAUAACCUGAAACUGAGGGAUAUUGAAAAGGGAUUUAUGUCCAGCAAACAUAUCUUCGCCCUCUUCAACACCGAACAAAGGAAUGUUUACAAGGACUACCGUCAGCUGGAGUUGGCCUGUGAGACCCAAGAGGAGGUGGAUAGCUGGAAGGCCUCAUUCCUGCGUGCUGGUGUUUACCCGGAGAGGGUUAUGUCUAGCGAGUCAGAGGAGAAUGGCUCGGACAGCUUCAUGCAUUCUAUGGACCCUCAAUUGGAGCGACAAGUGGAGACCAUCCGUAAUCUGGUAGAUUCCUACAUGGGCAUUGUCAACAAGACCAUCCGGGACCUAAUGCCCAAAACUAUAAUGCAUCUCAUGAUCAAUAAUACAAAGGAGUUCAUUCACUCAGAGCUCCUGGCCAACCUGUACUCAUGCAGUGACCAGAACACUUUGAUGGAGGAGUCUUUGGAACAGGCACAGCACAGGGAUGAGAUGCUGCGCAUGUAUCAUGCCCUGAAGGAGGCCUUAAAUAUUAUUGGGGACAUCAACACAACGACUACCAGUACUCCUAUGCCUCCACCCGUGGAUGACUCAUGGCUACAAGUGCAGGGUGUACCAACAGGUCGCAGGUCUCCCCAAUCAAGCCCUACUCCACAGAGGAGAGCGCCUGCUGUACCACCAGCCAGACCUAGCUCACGAGGACCAGCGCCAGGCCCUCCGCCACCUGGUACAACACUUGGGAGUGCACCACCAGUUCCCUCCAGACCUGGGGCUUCCCCAGACCCAUUUGGUCCUCCUCCCCAGAUUCCCUCUAGGCCUAACCGUGCCCCUCCUGGUGUCCCAAGCAGGAAGGCUCCCGCUUCACCUACACGACCCACCAUUAUCCGACCUGCCGACCCGUCCCUCUUAGAUUAAUAUUUGGAGACCUGGCUGCCGAACACAGCUUUCUCCCCUACCCCCUUCUCCCAAUUCCCCAUCACACCUUCCAGGCAUGGUGAAAACGUCCCCUCUACUUCACUGUGUUGUAAACACUGGCUCAGUGUUACUAUGUAUUGUAUUGUACAGAUGUGUCGUUUUUGUCCCUUUCCGCUGCGCAUUGUGAUGUUGAAACACCUGCAAUGUCUGGUUGAUAUAUAUAUUUUUUUCUACAUUUCUUUUUUUUUUAAAUUAUAUUCUUGCUUUCUUCCCAAUGCCACUGCACAUUGUUCCAUCAGCUUAUGGAAUUAAUUUACCUCAUUGUGUCUCCUUAUGUUCUGUUGUAAACUUUUUUUUUUUUUUAGAGGAUGCAAAUAAAAACGUUUAAUUAAUAGACAAAAGCUGGUAAAGAAGAAGUCUGUAUUCCAUCCUCCCUCUGGGCCUAAUUCUGAGUUGAUCGCAGCAGCAAAUUUGUUAGCAGUUGGGUAAAACCAUGUGUACUGCAGGGGGGACAGAUAUAACAUGUGCAGAGAGAGUUAGAUUUGGGUGGGGUGUGUUCACACUGAAAUCUAAAUUGCAGUGUAAAAAUAAAGCAGCCAGUAUUUACCCUGCACAGAAAAGAAAUAACCCACCCAAAUCUAACUCUCUCUGCACAUGUUAUAUCUGCCCCCCCUGCAGGGCACAUAGGGGGUAAUUCCAAGUUGAUCGCAGCAGGAUUUUUUUUAGCAAUUGGGCAAAACUAUGUGCACUGCAGGGGAGGCAGAUAUAACAUGUGCAGAGAGAGUUAGAUUUGGGUGUGGUGUGUUCAAUCUGCAAUUAAUUUGCAGUGUAAAAAUAAAGCAGCCAGUAUUUACCCUGCACAGAAACAAUAUAACCCAACCAAAUCUAACUCUCUGUGCACGUUAUAUCUGCCUCCCCUGCAGUGCACAUGGUUUUGCCCAAUUGCUAACAAAAAUCCUGCUGCGAUCAACUUGGAAUUACCCCCAUGGUUUUGCCCAAUUGCUAACAAACUUGCUGCUGCGAUCAACUCAGAAUUAUCCUCCCUGUCUUUCAAUUUUCUAUUUGUCCCUUUGAAAGGAAUUGUUGAUUUUCAUGCUUCUUCUGCCCUCUUGUGGUUUGUUUGCAGAUUGCAUCCUCUUUCUCUGGCAGAGAGAAUCUACCGUAAUUCCUUACUCUCACCAGUAUAUUAAAUAGGGCUGUGGGGUCAUCACUGACAAUGUUUCUUAAAAGGUUAUGUAAUUAUGAGAUACAAGAGACAGAUUCCCUCCACUCAUAGUUUAAAAAAACCUAAACAAUCUAAUAUUUAAACAUUAGUGUACUGUGUUAGUGCGAUCAUUAAGCAGCAUCUUUUAACAGUGGGCUACAAACAUGCAUAAUCUAAAAGCAUCCAAAAACAAGUGCCAGAAGGGUUAAUGAUGUAUCGUUCUGUGGACGAGGAAACCGCCCUGGCAGUGUAAGGGAUAGAUAAUAAUAAUACUUUUUCUCCCGACAACAGAUAGGUCGAGGUAAAUUAUAGAAUAUAAAACUCCACGGUUCAGAAUAAACAGAUACAUUCCCCUGCCAGCUUGUAGGCACUAGUGAUGAGCGGAUUCGGUUUUACUCGGUUUUACUCGGUUCUCAAAACCGAAUCUUAUUGGCUAUCCAAAACACGUGACAUCAGU